AUGCCACUGAGCCACGAGUCUUCAAUUUUAGUCAUCGGAGCAGGAACAUGGGGAUGUUCAACAUCUCUCCAUCUAGCCCGUCGUGGAUAUAAGAAUGUUCAAGUACUAGACCUCCAUCCAGUACCAUCACCUAUUGCGGCCGGCAACGAUGUGAACAAGAUAAUGGAACACAAAGAGCUUAAAAGCUCAAAUCUAGACCCGAUAAGUGCUGCACUGGCAGCUUGCAGCCGCUCAGCGCUAAGAGGCUGGAAGACAGAUCCUGUUUUCCAACCCUACUUCCACGAAACAGGAAUCAUAGUAUCCGGCCAUACACCAGAGCUGAUACAGCAUGUGAAAAAAGCCGAGAUCGACCCCUUUAAGGCCGAUUUCGUCGCUCUCGAAACAGCAGAGGACUUUCGCAGGACUAUGCCGCCUGGUGUACUGACUGGUGAGUUCCCCGGUUGGAAGGGCUGGUAUAGUAAAGAGGGAGCAGGAUGGAUCCACACACAAAAAGCCAUGGUCUCCGCAUAUACAGAAGCAAAAAUUCUCGGCGUGAAGUUCUCAACCGGCCCAUCAGGCCAUGUUGUGGCGCUAGCCUACGAAGACGGCGAUGUAAUCGGUGCCAAAACUAUAGACGGCGUUAUACACAAAGCAGAGCAUACGAUCUUAGCAGCCGGCGCCGGUAGUGAUCACCUGCUUGAUUUCAAGAGACAGCUCCGUCCAACAGCGUGGACACUAUGCCAUAUACGCAUGACGCCCGAAGAAGUGACGAAGUACCAGGACCUCCCUGUGUUGUUCAAUAUUGCAAAGGGCUUUUUCAUGGAACCGGACGCGGACAAGCACGAACUUAAGAUCUGUGACGAGCAUCCUGGAUACUGCAAUUUUAUCCCGAAUCCAAUUAGACCUGGUGAGACGAAAAGUGUUCCAUUCCCCAAGCACCAGAUCCCGCUUGAGGCGGAAUUGCGCGUGAGGGACUUUCUACAAGAUACGAUGCCGCAUCUUGCUAAGCGGCCUUUGGUCUUUGCGAGGAUAUGCUGGGAUGCUGAUACGCCUGACCGGGCGUUCUUGAUCGAUAGACAUCCUGAGCAUCCUUCGCUUCUGUUAGCUGUUGGAGGGUCGGGUCGUGCUGCGAAGGAUAUGCCUACUAUAGGUGGGUUUAUCUGUGAUGCGUUGGAAGGUAAUUUAGAGAAGGAGUGGAAAGAUGUGAUGCGGUGGAGACCGGAAACUGCUGUUCAUCGAGAUUGGCAUUCUACCCAGGAUCGUUUCGGAGGACCCAAUAAAGUAAUGGACUUUCAGGAUGUCAAGGACGACGAGUGGACUGAAAUAUCGGCAUAG